CUGGAUCGGGAAGACACAGAGAUUUUUGUUACUACAGGUGACUGCGACACCGUUUUCGGAGAGCGAUACUUUGAUGCACUGGAAGAGGAUUACUGGAAGAUCGAAGAAGAGCAAAGGUUUCGAACGGUUUGGCAAUCACCCUUAUUCUAUUGUAUUAAUAUCCACAAAUCGCCGUUUUUCGUCCGGGUCACUGCCGUGGUGCGAGCUUUCUUUAUGAUGGGUUAUCUGAUACCGUGGAAUAUCAAUACAAUGUCUGUGUUUUCCCUAACUCUGAAACUCUUCGAAGAUGGUGGCUAUACUCAUCCUGGCUAUCAGCAAAGGUUUCGAGCGGUUUGGCAAUCACCCCUAUUCUUAUGUAUUAAUAUCCACAAAUCGUCGUUUUUCGUCCGGCUCACUGCCCUGGUGUGAGC